UAAAUUCGGAAGAGUUCAUUACUGACAGAACUUGUCACGUGUGUUCAACGCUUAUUCAUUUGUACCAUAAAAUAUUGUGUAACAGAUGAGAAUGUUGUUUUUCGCAAUGCUCCGUAAGUGACAGCUAGCGAAUACCACCACUAUGGAUUCUGUUCGGGGAUAAAUUUACUGGUUUCGAUCGGCUCACCACCGCCAUAUUGUUGUGUCACGUGACGAGGGAGUAGCGAGGUGAGUGCGCCGGGUCGAAUUCGUGAGGAACAGUGAAAAAUUUUGGAUAUCACCAGCCAACACAAAAAUAAUUGCAACAUGGAUGUACGAAAAGUGACAGAAUUGCUACGUGCCACGAUCGACCCAGCGCAACAGAAACAAGCUGAAGAACAGCUGAAUCAGAUUCACAAAAUUAUUGGUUUUGCACCAACACUACUUCAAGUUGUAAUGACUGCAGAGGAAAUGCCUGUACGGCAAGCUGGUGUUAUAUAUAUGAAAAAUUUAAUUACAAAAAAUUGGGCUGACAGAGAAAGUGACAAUGGCCCAGUGGAAUUUAGUAUUCACGAACAAGACAGAGCUAUGAUUCGUGAUGCAAUUGUUGAUGCGCUUGUACAUGCGCCAGAUCUUAUCAGAGUACAAUUGGCAGUUUGUGUCAAUAACAUUGUAAAACACGAUUUUCCUGGAAGAUGGACACAAAUAGUGGACAAAAUUACAAUAUAUUUACAGAAUUCUGAUGCUUCCUGCUGGCCAGGUGUUCUUUUAGCAUUGUAUCAACUUGUUAAAAAUUUUGAAUAUAAGAAGGCAGAAGAAAGAGGGCCUCUGAAUGAAGCAAUGAAUCUUUUGUUCCCUAUGAUUUACCAAUUAAUAUUACGGCUUCUGCCAGAUUCCUCAGAACAGUCAGUUUUGUUGCAAAAACAAAUAUUGAAAAUAUUUUUUGCCCUUACACAGUAUACACUUCCCCUGGAUUUAAUUUCGAAAGAAGUUUUCUCACAAUGGAUGGACGUGGUGCGACAAGUGGCCGACAGGCCUGUGCCGCCCGAAACAAACAAUCCAGAUUUCGAUGACGAUGAACGAGCAGAACUACCAUGGUGGAAAUGUAAAAAAUGGGCACUUCAUAUUCUGCACAAAAUGUUUGAGAGAUACGGUAGUCCUAGACAUGUAACCAAAGAAUACAAAGAGUUUUCUGAGUGGUACCUGAGAACAUUCAGUGGGGGUAUACUCGAAGUUCUUUUGAAGAUUUUGGACCAAUAUCGAAGAAAUAUAUAUGUAUCACCGAGAGUAAUUCAACAAUCGAUUAACUACAUUAAUCAGGGUGUGAGUCACGCGUACUCGUGGAAGUUCUUAAAGCCACACAUGUUUGAGAUUAUUCGCGAUGUACUCUUCCCAAUCCUUUCAUAUUCUGCUUCAGACGAGGAGCUAUGGAAUAAUAAUCCAUACGAAUAUAUUAGAGUUAAAUUCGAUAUCUUCCAAGAUUUUGUAUCUCCAGUAACUGCAGCACAAACUUUGCUGCGCUCAGCUUGUAAAAUGCGUAAGGGUAUGCUUCAAGAAACUAUGCGAUUCUGCAUGGAAGUCUUAACUAGUCCAAAUGCAGAUCCCUGGCAAAAGGACGGUGCAUUGCACAUGGUUGGAAGUUUAGCAGAUGUGUUGUUAAAGAAGAAGGUUUACAAGGAACAAAUGGAUAAAAUGUUGUUACAAUACGUAUUUCCUGAAUUCAAUAGUCGUCACGGGCAUAUGAGAGCGAGAGCAUGUUGGGUAUUACACUACUUCUCUGAAAUAAAGUUCAAGCAAGAGCAGAUAUUAAUUGAAGCUAUCCGUCUGACGACGAAUGCUCUUUUAACCGACCAAGAUCUACCCGUCAAGGUGGAAGCUGCUAUCGCUUUACAAAUGCUGCUCUCUGCUCAGAACAAAGCACAAAAGUACAUAGAACCCUUAAUCAAACCAAUAACGCUUGAAUUAUUAAAUAUUGUACGAGAGACAGAAAACGAUGAUUUAACGAACGUUAUUCAGAAAAUUGUUUCUACGUAUUCAGACCAACUUAUGCCAAUCGCUGUACAAAUGUGCCAGCACUUAACCGCGACAUUUAGUCAGGUGCUCGAAACAGAUGAAGGCAGCGAUGAGAAAGCUAUAACUGCCAUGGGAUUGUUAAAUACCAUAGAAACUUUAUUAGGUGCAAUGAUAACCGACCCACAAAUUAUGGCAGAGUUGCAACCCAUAGUCCUUCAAGUUGUUGCGCAUAUUUUUGGAGAGAGUGUCAUGGACUUCUAUGAAGAAGCACUUUCGCUAGUUUAUGACCUAACUUGCCAGACGAUUUCUAGCGACAUGUGGAAAGUCUUAGAAUGGAUGUACCAGUUGUUCCAAAAGGACGCGUUUGAAUACUUCAUCGAUAUGAUGCCCGCCCUACAUAAUUACAUUACAGUCGACACGCCAGCAUUUCUCUCCAACGAGAACCAUGUAUUGGCUAUGUUUAAUAUGUGCAAAGCUGUGUUAACUGGCGAUGCUGGCGAAGAUCCAGAAUGUUACGCUGCCAAAUUGUUAGAAGUUAUAAUCCUUCAGUGCAAAGGACACAUCGAUCAGUGUAUACCUUCCCUUGUGCAAUUGGUAUUGGAGCGUUUGAUGCGCGAAGUGAAAACCUCAGAAUUAAGGACAAUGUGUUUGCAAGUGGUGAUUGCAGCCCUUUAUUAUAAUCCAGCGCUAUGUCUCGAAACAAUGGAGAGAUUGCAAGGGAACUUCGGCCAGUCGACCGAGCCGAUUGCAUCUCACUUUAUCAAACAAUGGAUACACGAUACUGAUUGUUUCUUAGGAUUACAUGACAGAAAACUCUGUGUUCUUGGGCUGUGUACUUUAAUCAGUAUGGGCCCAACAAGACCAGCAGCAGUGAACGAAUGCGCUCAACAAAUUAUACCGUCUUUAAUCCUACUUUUCGAUGGUUUAAAGAGAGCUUACGCAGCUAAAGUCUCUGAUACGGACGACGAGGAAAACGAUGAUGACGACAGUGAUCUCGACGAAGAGGUACUCUCGUCGGACGAAGAUGAAAUUGAUGAUGCUAGUCAAGAAUAUUUGGAAAAGUUACAAGAAAAGGUAACAAGGUCAUCCGCGCAACAUGGCUUCACUGUAUCGACGUCAAUUCAAGAUGGCCAUGGUGAUCAUGGAUCAGAUGACGACGCCGAUGACUCGGAGUACGAUGCCAAUGAGGAAACCCCUCUUGAAUGUUAUGUCACACCUUUAGAUUCGGAGGAUACAAACCAAGACGAAUACAUUGUUUUUAAGGAAGUCAUGCAAAAUAUUGAGAGAUCAGAUACAGUUUGGUACAGAGCGUUGACCGACCACUUGACUUCAGAACAACAGAAAGCCUUACAAGAAAUUAUCCUCCUCGCAGAUCAACGCAAAGCAGCUCUGGAAAGUAAAAGAAUUGAACAGAGUGGCGGAUACGCUUUCCACUCGCAGACUGUACCUACAUCGUUCAACUUUGGCGGAACGCCUUUGACUCGAUAAAGGUCCCCGAUCGUUUAUAUUUCUAGCUUAAAUUCCAGGGAAUACGUUCCGAUCUCGAUUUCCAAAUCGCCGUGCUUCUUCGCCGAGCUCACGCCAAUCCAUUGUUCAGCGCGAUCGAAUCUUUUUUGUACGAGAAAAGAGAAGGUUAAUCUGCAUGAGAAUGAAAGCUGUAGCGUGAGAGGGAAUCAGAAAAAAUGUAUCGUGUGCGUGCACGGAUGAAUGACUGACAGAGUGAAAGCAAGAAUGAGUGAAGAAGGAGGUGGAGGGGGAGAGAGAGGGGGAGAGAGAGAGAGAGGAAAAGCAGAUCAAAAAGGAGAAAGUUGUUCGAUCGCUCUUGAAGCGCUCGAAAAAGUGCCUUCAAAAACACGCUCGACGCAGAUGGGACCUAAAUUAAGGACAGCAAAUUGGAUCGAGGCUGGGACGCUUCUCUAGUUUGUAAGUUUCUCGUAAGCACUGUACUAAAGUAUAAUAAAUUAAUGCUAAUUCAAUGAAGAUAUGCUUAAUUCAGGAUUUCGUAACAUUGAUUCCAUUAAACGAUACAAAUUUCGUAACGAAUUGUAAAUAAAUGAGAUUUUUUCAAAGUGACGGUAAAGUCCGAACAUGUAGAUCAACAAUAACACUGUCCGUUUGUACAUUUUUCUUUCCGAUUAAAUCACGUUUCAUACUGCAGGUUUAUAAUUUAGGUAGAAGUAGUAGGCUCGCUAAGAGUUCAUUUGUAUAAAAUGUAUCUUCAACUAUUUUUUUAAAACCUCCAUUGGGGAGUAUUUAUGAAAUUAUUGCUGGAUCAUGAAAUAUUCUGUAAAGUUCAUAUGUUUAUCUUAUUAAAAGUAUACAUGUAAAAUGUCUAAUGAUUUCUUCGGAAUAAUUAUCGUUACACAUUUUAUCGUGCCGACGCGGGGUGAACAAGUAAAAGAAUUGUGGUUGUAAAUCUUCGAAGUAGGAGCAUUGAAACAACUGUCUUCGUUUAUUGUAUGCGCUGUACUAGAUAAACGAAACUUGUCUUCCACGAUUUCCUUUUACGAUAACGUUUCUACGUCUCUGUAUAUUUCUGAUUGUUUAGAAUAUGCUCGACGGUACACGUUGUCUCAACGCUCGUAGGACCAUGACUUUAAGGUUUCGAUAAAUGCGGAUAAAAAUGCAAGUUUU